CUUUGUCAUAACCGCAAUUUUGCAGAUCUAAGCAACGGCUCCAAUCUUAUUUAAAAUGCUGACAUUUAUAGUCAUUGGGUGUCUCCUGACAGCACAGAGUAAGACCUUUCUUAUAUGGUGUCUCUUUUCCAAAAUGCUGCAUUCGAUUAACCUAAUUCAAGGUACAUUUCCCUCCGCCUUUCAGUUCAGUCAUCUCUAUCAGAUGAAGAAGAGGAUGAGCAUGAUGAAGAUGAGCCCAUGUCUUGUCCCACAAUCAGCAGUCCCUCAACAGAAGUUGCCAUAGGCGAGAAUGUGACACUGAAGUGCUCCUCGGAAACAGGUUCUCUGCCAAUUAACUACACACUAUAUAAAGGAAUAGACAGAGUGCUACCUCCUGCAAGCAAGAACAAAAAGGGAGAAGAGGCUGCAUUUCACUUCACUAUCAAUUCAAUCAGUGAACUGGGUGAAUAUAAAUGCAAAGCUGAAAACAAAUUUAAUAAAAAUAAAUACAGCCUUGGUUUCAACUUCACACUGAGAGAGCCUGUGUCUCAACCCAUGGUCAACUGUUCCUCAACAGAAGUUCGUAUAGGUGAGAAUGUGACGCUGUCUUGCUUCUCAAGGACUGGUUCUCUGCCCAUUACAUACACGCUAUAUAGAGGAAAAGAGAGAGUGCAACCUCCUGCAAGCAAGAACAAGAGCGGAGAAGCAGCUGAGUUUCACUUCCCUAUCAAUUCAAUCAGUGGACUGGGUGAAUAUAAAUGCAAAGCUGAAAAUUUUAGUAAAGGAAAAUAUAGCCUUGGCUUCAACUUUACCAUGAGAGGAGAGGACAACAAUUUAGCUGUGUUCGUUGUGCCACCUCUGCUAUUGCUGCUGUUGGCAGUAGUUUUAGCAGUUCCAUUGCUUAUCCUUCCCAGGUGUAAAACAAGAAAACUGAGAGACAUCUCCCCCACUGGUUUUGUUCCAACAAGUUACCCAGGCUCAGAAAACGAUGUGACUUAUGCUGAGAUUGCACAUGAAGAAGUCCAAGAAGAAUAUGUCAACUUGGAAUUUAGUAACGAAAAAGAAAAAGUGAGAAAAGUGAGCCUCAGAGAUGCCACUACAGUAGCCUAUUCAGAAGUCAUCAUAAGAUAAAAAGCUGUUCCAGUGAUGACUGCAUCGUUUCAAGAUAUCCAGGCCAAACAGAAAUCCCAUUUUCUAAGAGUUCACUGAACAAUCCUUGACACACCUUUGGGAAAGGAAAAAUAUUGUUACUUGAAGCACUGUGAAGGACAGUAAAUUUCCUUUCAUAAUAUAGGCCAGAAUGUUUGUGCACUAUAAAUUUGAGACACAUGAUGAAAUUAGAGAACAAAAGGAGUUCCCUAAAAUUAAAAUUUCAGCUUUGUUUAUUCCCCCUAGGUAUCUCACAACAUUUUGUCAGUUGGCAAAUACACUUAUAGACCAAUCCUAUACAGAAUUACUCCAGUCUAAGCCUAUAAGUUUCAAUGGGCUCAGAAUAGAGUAACUCUUAAUAAGACAGCACUGUAAAUUAGGACCCUUAUCUUAUUCAUUCUUUUAACACUCACCAAGGUCUGGAGGGUUUCAAUAGCAGAAACCUCUCCUCCU